AUGAUUCAAUUGAAAGGUAAAAAUGCUUUGAUUACAGGAGGAAGUGCAGGAUUGGGUGCAGCAAUUGCCCACCAAUUAGCAGCUGAGGGAGUCAACAUUGCCAUCAAUUACGCUAAUAGUAAAGAACGUGCGGAGGCGUUGGCCAAGGACAUUGAAUCCAAGUACGACGGCGUUAGAGCAGUUACCUUAAAAGCAGACGUAUUCAAGAUUGAUGAAUUAACAAAAUUGGUUGAUUCUACGGUUGAGCAAUUGGGUGGGAUAGAUAUACUUAUUUCCAAUGCCGGGUGGACCAAAUUUGUCGAAUAUGAUGAUUUGGAAGGAAUGGACGAAGAUGUUUGGGAUGGCACUUUCAAUGCCAAUAUCAAAGCCCACUACUUCUUGUUCAAAGCCGCUAAAAAGUAUUUUGAUGCCAAUGUAGACGGGGGUGUAUUCAUAGCCAGUGCAUCGGUAGCUGGACUCAUAAACUACGGAUCAUCAAUUCCGUAUGCUGUCAGUAAAGCAGGAUUGAUUCAUAUGAUCAAGUUUUUGGCCAAAACUCAAGGCCCCAAGGUGAGGUUGCAUGCUGUUUGUCCAGGAUUGCUUUUAACUGAGUGGGGCAAAAAGUUUCCUCAAGAGAAGAUUGAUUUGUCUAAACUGAAGUCACCACUUGGAGAAGUUACCGAUGUUGAUGAAUGCGCUGCUCAAUAUAUCUUGUUGAGUAAGUUGGCUACAUCUACAGGAACCGUUGUGACUAUGGAUGCGGGUAUUUCAUUGUGA